UGUUAAACAAGGACAGAUAAUGAAUCCGAGGCAUCGGAGGCAUCCGAGCGACGUUUCCGAACGCAACCAAAGCUGUAAGCGCGGCAUUUGCCGUUUGCUAUACUAUCAGCUGAUCAACCUAACUGCAACCAAGUUGCUGUGAUAUGUCUAUUGUAGACAUCAAGUCAGAUAUUGACAUACAUCUACAUACGGAUAUUUAAAAUGAAUGAUUCUUUCCUAGAAGAGUUAGAACUGAUACCAAAAGAAUCAAAGAAGACACCUCAGCAACCAGAUCGCCAUGUAACUACCAGGCAUGCUACUUCAUCUCCUUUAACUCAUUUCUCAGAACAAGGUGAAAGAGAUGAUAUUUUGCGACAGAAGGAACAUUUUACGAUAACAAUUCCAAGUACACCUGAUAUAAAAAUCAUAGAUAGUAAAGAAUCUUCUUGGAAAAAUUCCAAGAAACAAUCUGAUCAAAAUGUGAAAAAACAUUCUGUGAAUGUAAAAGCAUCAGAGAAAACAGAGAAGAUUGCAGACAGCAAAGGAAGGUCUUCGGAUACGAAAAUAAAAAUGAGCAAUAGUAAUCAGCAAAGUAUUAGCGGAGAACAAAAAAUAAAACUUCACGAAGCAAAAUAUUCUAAAGCACCUGAAAACAAAGAUCGUAAACGACGUUCAGGAUCGUAUAAAGAAAUCAUUUAUGCCACAAAUACUUUCUCUAAGGAGAAUAAACGUUCUCUUGAUUCUUCUAUUAAUAAUUCUUCAGAUACUUCUAGUAAGGAAAAUAGUCGUCCCUCUGAUUCUUCCAAGGAGGCUGGUCCUCACAUUCCAAUUAAAGAGAAAGAAAAGUUAACUGAUAAAUUGAGAAAAUCAGGUGUAAAAAUACAAGAUCAAGAUCCAGUUGUUUUACUUACUGCUAUCAAAGAAUUGAUAAGCACAUAUACUAAGCAAGAAAGUACAAAAAUUCUACGUGCUAUGCAGGAGCUACACAUAAAUUCUCAAGCUACCUUGAUAAAAAACCUUUUGAACCAGACAGAUGAUCUGGUUAAAGAAAUGCAUCCCAGCAAAGAGUCAGCUAGAAUGAAAGCAUUGAUUGAUGAGAAUGAACAAUUACAACAGGAGUUAAUGGCUUUGCGAAUGAGAAACGAAAGUUUACAAAAUAAAUUAGAAGAACUUGAAUUUUUGAGACAAGAAAAUGCGACGUUAAAAUUAAAGUAUAACGAGCUAACUCAGACAUAAUAUAAUUGCGUUAAAUAUUGGACCACGAAAUAUUUUGUUUUUUGCACAAAGUGCUAA